ACCGGAAGAGUCGUAGUCGUCAGCCGAGUCGGGAGAGUGGGGAGCGGAAGCGACGCCGCAGCGGCGGCAGGCGGCGCUGGGACCCGGGGGCGGCCGGAGAACAAGGGAGCUGGCGCCGCGGCCGGCCGCGGACCUGGGGUGAGCCGCUGGGCCGCGCCGAGCGCCGCCGCCGCCGCCGCCGCCCGAGAGGCCCGGCCCGGCCGCCCGAGCAGGCCGCGCGCGGGCCGCCGGGCCCGAGGCCGGAGCCAUGGGCGAGACCAAGAUCAUCUAUCACCUGGACGGGCAGGAAACGCCGUACCUGGUGAAGCUGCCCUUGCCCGCCGAGCGCGUCACCUUGGCGGACUUUAAGGGCGUUCUGCAGCGACCCAGCUAUAAGUUCUUCUUCAAGUCUAUGGACGACGAUUUCGGAGUGGUGAAGGAAGAGAUCUCGGAUGACAAUGCCAAGCUGCCCUGCUUCAAUGGCCGGGUGGUAUCCUGGCUGGUGUCAGCUGAGGGCGCACACCCAGAGCCAGCACCCUUCUGUGCUGACAACCCCUCGGAACUGCCACCUCCCAUGGAGCGCACAGGAGGCAUUGGGGACUCCCGGCCCCCAUCCUUCCACCCUCAUGCUGGUGGGGGCAGCCAGGAGAACCUGGACAAUGACACAGAGACAGACUCCUUGGUGUCUGCCCAGCGGGAGCGGCCACGCCGGAGGGAUGGCCCAGAGCACACAACCCGGCUAAAUGGAACUGCAAAGGGGGAGCGGCGGCGAGAACCAGGGGGUUAUGAUAGUUCUUCUACCCUUAUGAGCAGCGAGUUGGAGACUACCAGCUUCUUUGAUUCGGAUGAGGAUGACUCCACCAGCAGGUUCAGCAGCUCCACAGAGCAGAGCAGCGCCUCACGCCUCAUGAGAAGACACAAGCGGCGGCGGCGGAAGCAGAAGGUUUCACGGAUUGAGCGGUCCUCAUCCUUCAGCAGCAUCACGGACUCCACCAUGUCGCUCAACAUCAUCACGGUCACUCUCAACAUGGAAAAGUAUAACUUCUUGGGCAUCUCCAUUGUGGGCCAAAGCAAUGAACGUGGUGACGGAGGCAUCUACAUUGGCUCUAUCAUGAAGGGUGGGGCUGUGGCUGCUGAUGGACGCAUCGAGCCAGGAGAUAUGCUGUUACAGGUAAAUGAGAUCAACUUUGAGAACAUGAGUAAUGAUGACGCUGUCCGGGUACUGCGGGAGAUUGUGCACAAACCGGGGCCCAUCACCCUGACUGUAGCCAAGUGCUGGGACCCAAGUCCACGUGGUUGCUUCACACUACCUAGGAGCGAACCCAUCCGGCCCAUUGACCCUGCAGCCUGGGUCUCCCACACUGCAGCCAUGACUGGCACCUUCCCUGCCUACGGCAUGAGCCCCUCCCUGAGCACCAUCACCUCCACAAGCUCAUCUAUCACCAGCUCCAUUCCUGACACAGAGCGCCUAGAUGACUUCCACCUGUCCAUCCACAGUGACAUGGCUGCCAUUGUAAAAGCCAUGGCCUCCCCUGAAUCUGGGCUGGAGGUCCGUGACCGCAUGUGGCUCAAGAUUACCAUCCCCAACGCUUUCAUUGUGGUGGCCUUGCCUCCAGGCUCAGAUGUGGUGGACUGGCUGUACCACAACGUGGAAGGCUUUACUGACCGGCGAGAGGCCCGCAAGUAUGCCAGCAACCUGCUGAAAGCCGGCUUCAUCCGCCACACUGUCAACAAGAUCACUUUCUCCGAGCAGUGCUACUAUAUCUUCGGCGACCUCUGUGGCAGUACGUGUCUCCCCCACCUCCUUGCCCUCUCUUCUGGCUGGGGGUGGGGAGAUACCUGGGGAUGCAGCAGCAGCCUCCAGAGAACUCCCAUGAUGGGACAGCAGAGCUGGGACCCAUCUCAAGGUCUGAGAGUUCUAUGGUGAAAGCAGAGUCCAGUC